AUGAUUUGCUCAGGACGCCGGUAUGGGUAUAUCUACACAGGAGAGGCCUUGGUAUUUCUUCACAUCCCCUUAGAUGAUUGUAGUGUUGUCGAAUACUAUCUCUGUGUUCCCACGCAAGACAUCGAUUCUCAUGGCUAUGAUGCGGAUUCAAACUGGGUUCGCCGGUCGGCUUUGGGCCGAGUCCUCGCUUUCGCACUACAAUCUUUAAAUUCCACUCCACCAUCGCAGGAAUGGCAAGACGCAGUUUAUCAGUCCUAUCGCCCUCUCGAAGACGAUUAUUCGAUCUUCAUGCCCCAAGCCCCGGAUGACCUUCGACUCCGCCCACCAGCAGAGUUCAUGUAUGAAAACUCAUUCUGGCCGAGAUUCUGGGGCAACCUUCUGUAUGCAAACAUACCAAGGGGAAAUUCUGUAGGCUCCGGUCCACAACAGUCGGACGUUUUUAGGCCUUACUGUACCCAGGCAUGUCUUCGGGGCACCUUUGAAAAGGAUCUUUUAGAUCAAAACUGUCCGAACGCUGAUAAGCAUGGCGUAGUAAAACACCGAAUCAACUCACAGGAGAUCUGCGAGAGGAUGAAUGAACAACUUCGAGCGAAUCGGUAUAGAGGAUUCCAGCAGCUACAUAUUACCGGUCGAGUCUGUUAUCUGUCAAAAGCAACACUGCUAUCUCAUGGGUACACGAUGUUGAUCAAGGCCACCAGUAUGAGGCAGUCGGACAGGAUCCAUGCUGAAUUGGAGAACUAUGAGAAUUUGAUGUCGUUGCAGGGGUGUCAAAUUCCGGUAUGUCUUGGGAUGUUUUCACCCAAGAUCCCAUAUUGGUAUCACGGGGUUAGAAUGGAAUACAUGCUGCUUCUCAGCUGGUCUGGCAUCCGAACGGAGGAGGAGCAUGCGACCCUCGAAACGUGUCAGUUCCUCGAACAGGAGAUGCAUAAACUUCAGGAUGUAUUUCAAGAACACGGAGUUAUUCAAAGAGAUGCAUCCUUCCGAAAUGUGCUGUGGAAUCCCAUGUCACAAUCCUUCGUGAUGAUUGACUUGGAAGAUUUGAAGUAUGUGAAUGGCGUUUCAGAGAGCUCCGAGGGACAUGGCAGCCAGCAAACCCGGUCCAGUGGCUACAUUGCAGAUGAUGACAGGUAA